AUGUUGUUCUUCUGCCUUCUCAUGAUCUUGCCGCUAUCAAGUGAAGGCUACGAUGGAAGAGUGACUGUCCAUGGCGAUCAAGGGUGGAAAGACGGCUUCAUAAAGGGAUUUAAGGAGUUUUGCGAAGAAAGGGUCAGCAUGAAAUUAGAAAAUCUGAAUUACAAUAUCUCUCUGUUUCAUUUGCUCCAAACUUUUGUGCAUGACUAUCACAAAUAUACGUCCGAAAUCCACAAUGACUUCAAAAAUAAUCGUGUUUUCGACUACUAUUCAGGCCCUUUGAGUCGUCCUACUUUGAAGGAAACAGCAAUAAAGUUCGCCGAAAACGUCGCAUAUAAACACGGACCCAAAGACGAUAAGGAGACUUGCGAGGUUUUCAAGGCAAGCAAGAGUUUCAUCUGUGAACCGUUUCAAGUCUUUUACUUUCCAUUUUAUUAUGUCUAUACUUACUGCCUUUUCACCAAAUGA